AGCAACCGGCCUGGCGACGGUCUCCAGCUGCUGCCCGCCACCGCCGGCUCCUCCUUGCCAACUCUCUGCUGCCGGGGCUGGCCCGGCCCGGGGAAGGACCGAAGGGGACCCAACGUGUCCCCACGGCGGCUGCAAGAGGAGCUAAGCAUGGAUGGCAGCCGGAGAGUCAGAGCAUCCUCUGUCCUUCUCAGAUAUAGUCCACCAGGCCUAUUUAAAGGACACCUGAGCACCAAAAGUAAUGCUUUUUGCACUGACUCCUCCUCUCUCAGACUAAGUACUCUCCACCUUAUCAAGAAUCACAUGGCUGUUCACUAUAAUAAAAUCCUUUCAGCCAAAGCGGUGGUGGACUGCUCAGUUCCAUUAAGCAUGAGUACCAGCAUCAAAUAUGCAGACCAACAACGAAGAGAGAAACUCAAAAAGGAAUUAGCACGAUGUGAAAGGGGGUUGAAAUUAACUAAAACUGCAGUGCAGACGAAUUCUAAAAAUAAUUCCAAGUUAUUAAACACUCUACAAAAGCCUUCAGGGGAACCACACGGUGAGGAUGAUGUGUUAAUCGAAGAAGUGAAUGGAUUUCCAUCCUUUACAAGGUCACCAGUAACUUCUUCAGAGAGACUACACCUAAGUCCACCUAAAUCCAGUAAAGUCCUCACAAAUGGUCCUGAGAAGAACUCCAGUUCCUCCCUGCCCGGCAUGGAUUACACCACCUCCGAGCCCAGAAAAUCAUGCUCUGGAACCACGUAUGACAGAAGGCCCAGGAGCACACUCCCAAAUUCCUACCGGUUUCAGUUAGUUAUUUCAAAAGCACCCAGUGGGGACCUUUUGGAUAAACAUUCUGAACUCUUUUCUAACGGACAUUUGCCAUUCACUCCACGCACUUUAAAAACAGAAGCAAAAUCUUUCCUAUCACAGUAUCGAUAUUAUACACCUGCCAGAAGAAAAAAGGAUUUAACAGAUCAACGGAUAGAAGCUGAAACCCAGACUGAAUUAAUAAGCAGCUUUAAAUCUGAUUUUGAGACAGUCCAGACUAAGAACUUCACAGAUUCAGAAGAGGACAUAAAGCAGGUAAUAAGAAUGAGAUCUCUUUUGCAUGGCUCACCAUGGGACGAGGUGAAGGAUGGUGCUCUUCAGUGUUCCUCCUCAAGGGCAGUAUGUCAGUAUUCCCUGCAGCCUCCUUCAGGGAGAAAAAUCCACUCUAAUGAAGAAGAACUGUUGUAUCUGAGUUUCAUUGAAGAUGUAACAGAUGAAAUUUUGAAACUUGGUUUAUUUUCAAACAGGUUUUUAGAACGACUGUUUGAGCGACAUAUAAAACAAAAUAAACAUCAUUUGGAGGAGGGAAAAAUGCGCCACCUGCUGCAUGUCCUGAAGGUGGACUUAGGCUGCACGUCCAAGGAAAACUCAGUAAAGCUAGAUGACAUUGAUAAGUUGAAUUUACUUGAUUUUGAAAAGGCUGAGAAUUCAGAACAAAAGGAAUAUAAAAAUGAGCAAGAUGCAACAAUUCAACAGGAACGUCAAGAAUACCAAAAGGCCUUAGAUAUGUUAUUGUCUGCACCGAAGGAUGGGAACAAGGUAUUCUCUUCACCAAAUGAAUUUUUCCUGCCCAUCUAUAAAUCAAAGUAUUCAGAAGGGGUUAUAGUUCGACAGGUGAAUGAUGGAACAAAUCUUGGACCUUCAAUUUGGGAUGAAAAAAAUCCAAGUAUUUCAGAUAGCUUAGCAGACCAAGAAACCUCUGUCAAUGUCAUUGAAUGUGAUAGUGACACUGAAAAGGUUGAGACUUCAAAUGAAUUUUGUCGUCUUAGCACAGCACUCUCCCAGUCUCUUCAGUUCUGCAGUGUCAAAGGUGACAAUAAUCAUGACAUGGAAGAACCAACUCUUAAAAUCAUGGAAAUGAGCAUUGAGGACUGCCCUUUGGAUGUUUGAUCUUCAUUAAUAAAUAUCCCAAAUGGUCAGUAAUUCAA